GCAGCCCUUGGGGUGCCUGCCGCUGGCCCGGACUUGGCAGCGCUCCGCACGGUUGCCAUGGCGGCGGUUGCUGCGGCGAUGAGGUGGCGGCGGCGGCUGCUGCUGCUGGUGCUGAGUGCAGCGGAGCUGGGGGCCAGUGGCACCCCGCAGACCCCCAAUAUCCUACUCCUGCUCAUGGACGACAUGGGGUGGGGUGACCUGGGAGUAUAUGGAGAGCCUUCCAGAGAGACCCCGAAUUUGGACCGGAUGGCCGCCCAGGGCAUGCUUUUCCCAAAUUUCUAUACGGCCAGCCCCCUGUGCUCACCAUCCAGGGCGGCCCUGCUCACCGGACGUCUGCCCAUCCGCAACGGCUUCUACACCACCAAUGCGCAGGCCAGGAACGCCUAUACGCCUCAGGAGGUGGUGGGCGGCAUCCCGGACACUGAGCUCCUCCUGCCUGCACUGCUGAAGCGGGCCGGCUACGUCAGCAAGAUCGUGGGCAAGUGGCAUCUGGGCCACAGGCCUCAGUUCCACCCCCUGAAGCACGGAUUCGAUGAGUGGUUUGGAUCCCCCAACUGUCACUUUGGACCUUAUGACAACAAGGCCAGGCCCAACAUCCCUGUGUACCGGGACUGGGAGAUGGUCGGCAGAUUUUACGAAGAAUUUCCAAUUAAUCCCAAAACGGGAGAAGCCAACCUGACCCAGAUCUACUUACAGGAAGCCCUGAUUUUCAUUAAGAAGCAACAGGCAGCUCAGCGCCCCUUCUUUCUCUACUGGGCCAUCGACGCCACCCACGCACCUGUUUAUGCUUCCAGGCCUUUCUUAGGCACCAGUCAGCGAGGGCGGUAUGGGGACGCCGUCCGAGAGAUCGAUGACAGUGUGGGGAAAAUCCUGGACCUUCUCCAGGACCUAAAGAUGACAGAGAACACCUUUGUUUUCUUCACAUCUGACAAUGGAGCUGCCCUCAUUUCUGCUCCCAGACAAGGAGGCAGUAAUGGCCCCUUUCUGUGCGGGAAGCAGACCACAUUUGAAGGUGGGAUGAGGGAGCCUGCGAUUGUGUGGUGGCCCGGGCGCAUCCCUGCAGGCCAGGUGAGCCACCAGCUGGGCAGUAUCAUGGACCUCUUUACCACCAGCCUGUCCCUCGCGGGCCUGGAGCUACCCAGCGACAGGGUGAUCGAUGGCCUUGACCUCCUCCCCGCCAUGCUGCAGGGCCGGCUGAUGGACAGGCCGAUAUUCUAUUACCGUGGCAACACACUGAUGGCAGUCACCCUCGGCCAGUACAAGGCCCACUUCUGGACCUGGACCAAUUCCUGGGAGGAGUUCAGACAGGGCAUUGAUUUCUGCCCCGGACAGAACGUCUCCGGAGUCACCACCCACACGCAGGAGGAGCACACGAAGCUGCCCCUCAUCUUCCACCUGGGACGAGACCCAGGAGAGAGGUACCCCCUCAGCUUUGCCAGCACUGAGUACCUGAGCGCCCUUCGCAGGAUCACCCCGGUUGUUCAGCAGCACCAGGAGGCCCUAGUCCCCGGGCAGCCCCAGCUCAAUGUGUGCAACCAGGCAGUCAUGAACUGGGCGCCUCCGGGCUGUGAAAAGUUAGGGAAGUGUCUGACGCCUCCAGAGUCUGUUCCUGAGAAGUGCUCCUGGCCCCACUAGCACCCGCUCAGGCCUAGACCAGGCCCAGGCCCUCUCACUGGCCCUGCACCUGCCUGGGGGUAGGAAGGGUCUCGCUCCCGCGUUGGAAGAGCUUCAACUGCCCUGUGUCCUGCCCACCAGCAGAGGGAUGUCACCUGCAGGCAGCAGCACGACCUGCAAGGCUAUACCACCUGGCCCCGGAGUCACUCCU